CUGUGGGGUGGCAGCGGGGAGGCGACCAUGGAAGAAAAGCUCCAGGCGCAUCAGGUGGAGAUCGACCCGGAUUUCGAGCCGCAGAGCCGUCCCCGCUCUUGCACUUGGCCUCUCCCCCACCCCGACUUGGCGGCGGAGGAGGAAGAUGGGGGCGCGGGGGGAACCCCGGCGCUGGCGGCCGGCGGCGACGGAGCCGAGAACGCGGCGGCCCCGGUGGAGCGCAGAGUCGCCGCCGCUCCCCCGCCGCCCCCCGGCGCGGAUGUGGGGCAGCUCCGCAAGGCCAAGACCUCCCGGCGCAACGCCUGGGGCAACCUCUCCUACGCAGACCUCAUCACCAAAGCCAUCGAGAGCUCGCCGGAGAAGCGCCUCACCCUCUCGCAGAUCUACGACUGGAUGGUGCGAUACGUCCCCUACUUUAAGGAUAAAGGAGACAGCAACAGCUCCGCCGGCUGGAAGGUACCUGACCCCCUGACCCCAACCCCAGCGCAACUUUGCCCUCUCUCCCCAAGGUGUGCCGGAGCUUGGAGGUUUCUCCCGGGGCAGCCGGAGCUCGGUCCUGGCAGGGAGGUUGGGGGGAUCCCCGCCGUCCUCACAGCCGGGGAGAUAAGGGCUCGGUCAAGUUUUGGGGAGAGCUGGCGCUUCGUGGUGUUGCGUUUUGGAGCCGGGGUGAGCUUGUCCCUGUGUCACCCGCCGGCCUCACCGGGCUGAGGCUCGGAGCGGUGCCGCCGUCCCCCCGGCAGCUCAGGGCGAGGGACGGUGACAGGCAGCGGGGUCGCGGGCGGCUCUCCCCGCUGAGCCAGCCCUGGGGUACAGCGAGUGCCGGCCCCAAGUCCGGGGGCACAGCGAGUGAUAACCCCAAAUACGGGGGCACAG